AUGUCGUCUUUCGCUGUCUGCUCGAUAACGAAAUCAGUAUCAGACGUUACUCGAAGUGAGUCUGUCAACCAACUUGGAUUUCUAAUACUAAACUUACCUACCUUAACAAUGGAAAAUCAAAAGAAAAUCCAAACGAUUUUAUUUUUAAACGUUAUCUUACUUGGAGUAGUUUCGGCUUUAUCUAAUCAAUUUGAUCAAACAAAUAUCAAUCCUAUCUCUGCUGAUAAUCCUACGGAUCCUAAUUUCACUUGUCCGGGCAAUGGAUUUUUCCCUCUCAGUCCCACUGCUUGUUCGACGACUUUCUACAACUGCGUAGGAGGGAUUGCCUAUAUUUACACGUGUCCAGGAGAAGGCAUUUUCGACCCAAGCCAAAACACAUGCGUGUCUCCAGAUCAAGCCGAGUGCACCCAAACGACGACUACAACAACAAUAACAACAAAUCCAGGGCCAUGCACAGAGGAUGGAUUCUUUCCACUUAGCCCUGAAGCUUGCUGCUCGGAAUACCUCAAUUGUUUCGCAGGAGAAGCUUACAUUACCAUCUGCCCUGCUGGCGGAGUGUUUGAUCCCAACAAGAGAAUUUGUGUACCUGCUGAUGCAGCCGAUUGUGGCUUCGUAUGUGUGACUCAAGACGGUUUCUACGAUGUUCCCGACGAGUGCUCUAAUCGCUAUUAUACUUGUCUCGAAGGCGUAGCAUACGAAAGCUUUUGUCCUGGAAAUGCCAUAUUCGACCCCGAUAGACUCGUCUGCGCUGCACCAGAAUCAGUGGCUUGCUUUUAUACGACCACAACCAGCACAACUGUAACGUGGCCUUACACAACUCAGCGUGUUACAACUACGACAUUCAGUCCACCCGUUGAAUUCGUUUGUCCCAGUGAUAACGGACUGUACCCCAAUCCCGACGAUUGUAAAACAUUUUACCAAUGCACUGGUGGAAAACCAUACAUCAAAACUUGCCCGACUGGCUUGUACUUCAACCCGGAAACACUAGUCUGCGACUAUCUCGACAACGUUCCUUCAUGUCAAUAGUUAUCGAGUCAAAAGGUCUACUCAUUUCAAAGUCGCCUGGAAACAAAAUAAACAAUUGUAAAGAA